CCUGCCCAACUGGCAUGGCCCAGAUCCCACCAGACCCCUGCACCCACAGAACCUCUCCUUGCUGAGAAAGAUCCAGACGCUGCCACCUGCCCACACUCCCUUUUUCCCUGGCUUUUCUGAGCCCCGUGUUCUUGUAUGGCAGUCCUGAGACCACAUUGACACUGAGGUGCCCAGGCCAGCUGUUGGCGCAGGACUGACGCCUGGUCACCCUCUCCCACCACAUACUGAUCUUGGAGCUUGAUAGGCUGGAUGCACCUGCCCAGAGAUGAUGGGGUGGAAAAAGAGCAAGGUCACUGAGGGCCCGGAAGAUGGCCUGAGUGUCCCCCAGAGCAUACUGCCUGACAUCAGCCACCUGUCUCCCUCCAACAAGGAGACCAUUAUGGUCACUCUGCAUGGGGCUACCAACCUCCCUACAUGCGCAGAUGGCUCCGAGCCAUUUCCCUACGUGGUGGUGAAAACCACAUCUGAGGAAGACAACAAGGAGAGCUCCAAGACGGUCACCUCUGUGACUUCAGAGCCCACCCGAAACCCCAUCUGGGGAGACACAGUGCAAGUGGAGAUCCCUGUGGAGGAGGUGGGGCAGCAAGAUAUGGUCCUCCAGGUGGUGGAUGACAAAAAGAAAGAGGAGCUCUUGUCUUACAAGAUUCCUGUCAAGUACUUGCGUGUCUUCCACCCCUAUCACUUUGAGCUGGGGAAGUCUGAGGUCAGCAACAAAGCCACUGCCAACACGCAGCUGUACGCAACCAUUGUUCGGAAAAGCAGCUUCAUCCCCCGCUACAUUGGCAGUGACCACACGGCUUUGGAGGUCUUUCUUGGGGGAGUCAAUGAGCCCCUGAUCAACAACUCCAAACCCAUGGUGGUGAUUGCCCGGGUGGUUCCCAGCCUCAGUGAGUUUAAGGCCACCCAGGCAAGGCGGGACCCAGCCUCCAGGAGGCUGCCCAUCACCACACUCUCCUUCCCUGUCUCAUCAGUGCUGAACUUCGACAUGCCUCAGGUCAGCCAGGAUGGGUGCCCACAGCUGUCCAAGCCUGGAGGGCCCCCAGACCUGCCGGUGUGGAACCAGUCUUUCCUCUUCCAAGGCCGAGAUGGUGCCACCAACUUCUCAGACGACACAGCCCUGGUGCUGGAGUACUACCCCUCCUCUUCAGCACAUGGCAACACACCGUGGACCCUCAGCCAGCCCCUGGGCAUCUCCGUGCUGCCACUGAAGAGCCAGCUCUACCGCAAGAUGCUCACAGGGAAAGAUUUGAAUGGGCUGCAUGUCAAGCGGCUUCCCAUCACCGACACCACCCUGAAAACCAUCAGUGGUGAGGCACCCACAGUGGACGUCUCCUUGCAGCUGCUUUCCUCUGAGAGGCCAAAAAACUUCUUGACACCCAUCAACAGCAAGACACUGCCCACCCUGGACCCCAAAAUCCUAGAGGAGAAGCUGGCUACCAUCCGUGAAUCCUGGUCCAAGUCCACUGUGAGCUCACCAGACUCCAGUGUGUCCACUUCUCGGGAAUCAGAGGAGCCCCAGGCACCAGAGACCACAUUACAUGACGCAGAAAUGAACAACUACCGGCGGGCCAUGCAGAGGAUGGCAGAGGACAUCCUGUUGCUACGGAAACAGGCCAGCCUCUUGGAGGUGGAGAACCAGGCGCUCAGGCAUCGCCUGGUCCAGCAGGAGGUGGACGAGAGCAAGGCUGAUGAGUCCCGGGACCUGGCAAUGUCCAUGAGGCAGAAGCUGCUGCUAAAUGAGCUGGAUGCGAAGAAACUGAGGGACAAGGUACAGCACCUGCAGAAUGAGCUGAUUCGGAAGAAUGACCGAGAAAAGGAGCUGCUGGUACAGUGUCAGGCACAGCAGCCAAAGGCUGCCCUGUUGAGGAGGUACCAGGGCAAGCUACAGAAGAUGAAGGCACUGGAGGAUACCGUGCAGCACCAGGAGAAGGUGAUAGAGAAGAUGGAGAGGGUGCUGGAGGACCGGCUGCGGCAGGAGAGGAAGGAGCACAAGCCCUCCGGCAGGCCGCUGGGAAAGCCACAUGUAGCCUUCUCCAUGCCCUCAGCCUCUGGCCUCCACCUGGGCUCCAUAGGAGAGACCUUGCCUGUCGACCUUUACUCAAUGUUACUGGCAGAAAACUCAAGGCUGCGGGCCGAGCUGGAAAAGAACCACCACCAAUCAGCACCAAUCAUCCUGCAGCAGCAGGCCCUGCCGGUGGACCCCAGGGAGUUGGGAGCAGGUGGAGACUUGGCAGAGAGGAUGCGAAAGACAGAUGGCCCAGGCCACUACAAGUACACAGAGACCCUACCCGCACAGGAUCUCCUUGCCAGUACCACAGACAAGUUUAACCUCAUGGCCAAGUUGGAGCAGGCUCAGAGCCGGAUCUUGUCCCUGGAAAGUCAGUUGGAGGACUCAGCCCGACGAUGGGGCCGAGAGAAGCAAAACUUGGCCACACGGCUGCAGGAACAAGAACAUGGCUUUGGGCGAAACUCAAACCUCUUCAUCACAGAUCAGUCUCUGAGGUAGACGCCAUCUUGGCAGUUUCCCAGGAGCAAACAGGCUGAUGUACCUCACCCUGUCCCAAAGGCCCUGACUUCUGCCCUUGGCCCUCAGUAUUUUGCUUAUGGCUGAGUCUCCACACACCUAGAAAGGGCCUUACAAGGACACACAGACUGACAAGCACACAGAGACCAUCUGCAAGCCCUUCUGGGCCCACAGUCUCUUGGAGAGAUUACGCGUCAUCUGCUGUGUUCAGAUGGGUUGAGGAAUCUUCCAUAAGUUAUGCGCGGUGGAUCCCAGAGGUGUGGCCAGCUGGGCAAGAUGCCCUUGAAGAGGUCACUCCAGGGAAUGGAAAUACACACACAUGUCCACCUUGCCUCCCACAGAAUGCCUCGACCCAUGCCAACGACCUCAAAAGGCCUUCAAAGCAGGAAGUCUCACUGCCCAACUCUAACCCCAAGGCCAGCCAGCCUGCA